GGUCGAGGUGAGAGUGGUUGUCGUGCCUUUUUCGGACUCCUGAGCUGUCAUCAAGUCUCUUUCUGGCGGGUCUUUGCUUUUCUGUCGCCUCCGGCCAUGUCUUCUCUCACCCAGCGCUGUUCUGGUUUGGUGCAGCGCCGGAUCGAGGCUUCCCGCAGCGCUGCCGACGAGGAGCGAGGAGCUAAGGGUGGCCCAGUGAAUGAAGGCCGCCGGGACGAGCUGGGCGACGACGAGAAGGGAGAUUCCAAGCAAACGCGAUUCACUCUCAUGGAGGAGGUGCUGCUUCUGGGCCUUAAGGAUCGUGAGGGUUACACAUCAUUCUGGAAUGAUUGCAUCUCCUCAGGAUUACGUGGCUGCAUGUUAAUUGAGUUGUCAUUGCGAGGGCGUCUUCAGUUAGAGGCUUGUGGAAUGAGGCGCAAAAGUCUAUUGACAAGAAAGGUGAUUUGCAUAUCAGAUGUUCCUACAGGUGAUGUUCUGCUUGAUGAAGCUCUGAAACACAUAAAAGAGACCCAGCCUCCUGAAACAAUACAAAAUUGGAUUGAACUGCUUAGUGGUGAAACGUGGAACCCAUUGAAGUUGCACUACCAGUUACGAAAUGUCCGUGAACGGUUAGCUAAAAAUCUAGUGGAAAAAGGUGUACUGACAACAGAGAAACAGAAUUUCCUUCUUUUUGACAUGACUACACAUCCUCUCACAAACAACAAUAUCAAACAGCGUCUCAUCAAGAAGGUUCAAGAAGCAGUUCUUGAUAAAUGGGUGAAUGAUCCCCAUCGCAUGGACAAGCGCUUGCUGGCACUCGUAUAUUUAGCCCAUGCUUCAGAUGUUCUGGAAAACGCUUUUGCCUCCCUCUUGGACGAGCUGUAUGAUUUAGCCACAAAGAGAGUACGGCAGCUUCUGGAUUUAGACCCUGAGGUUGAAUGUAUGAAAGCCAACACAAAUGAGGUUCUGUGGGCUGUUGUAGCAGCUUUCACAAAGUAACUGCAACCAGACGUAAGCGUUCGCUUUUAUUUCAUAAAAACCGGUUAUUUCUGUUCUACUGACUACUCAUAUUUUCUAUAGUUUGUACCUUCUCAGAUGAUUAAUCAGUUUUUGUUUAAUGGGAAUUAAAAGUGGUGCACUCCCUCCUUCUCUGUGUAUCUGUAUAAAGGAUUCUGCUGGUACAAGACCUUCCUGUUUAAAACAACAACAGAAAAAGCUCAUACUGCAUUCCAUUUCCUAUUAAAUUUAUCUCAAAUACUUGAUCACUUUUCAUCUUAUUAUCACUGAACUGUUUUAACAUGGAAAACACCUCGAAGAAUGCAUGCAAUGGAUCACUACUCUCAGAUGACAGAUAUGUGCAUGCAUUAAUACUUCUGCAGUACAAUUUAUAACAGAUCAAAAUUUUUUUUUUUAGUGUUCAAAGCUUUAUGUUGAAGUGUCUGUCAAGGCAUUUCAUACACAGAUGUUUCAAUUAUAUCUAAUAAAAUUACUUCAAAAGCAGAAAAUCCUUUAAGCAGCUUUGUCAGUAGUUCCUGUAAAAUGCCUCAUAAAUUUUACUUUUCCUGUAAGUCUUUUGUGUACUUUCAUUAGAAUGAUAGCUGAGUCACAAGGCUAGUUCAAAAAUAUCCAAAUGUUUCAUAAACCAGUUUUGGGAUGGGAUACAUUUUAUUAUAUUGCAUAUAUAGAUCAAGUUGUAUAUUAACAAUAACUCCAUCUUAGUAUUUUGCAAGAUCUGCUUAGAUGUACACCUGGUGCCCCUUACUUCUUGUGAGUUGUUGCCAUUUGGUGGAAAGAAAGGCCUCUUAUAAAGAGCAUGUAUGCAAAAGCUGUUUGUUUCCAGUGCCUACAGAGUUUAUCAUCCAGGUAUUCUCAGUCUGAGUACUGCCACUGAUAACUAGAGUACUGAAAGAGACUACUUUUUGUUAUUGUUAAGGUGUUUUACUGUGUUUUUGGUUUUGUUUAUUUUUUUUCCCCCCCUCUCUUGUAUGCAAGAGGGCUGUGACCAGUACGAAUCUUUAGUACAAUUCUUAAUUAUUACUGUACACAAGUUAAUGCUUAUCUUUUAAAGGUCAUAAACUACACUCUAACAAAGUUAGUUCUAGCAGGUGUUGCAUGUAAAUGGUUAGGAAAUAAUGACUACAGUUCAGAUGGUUAAAAUUUCUGUAAUGGGACACUCUACUUAAAAAAAAAAAAAAAAGAAAAAAAGAAAAAAAAAACAACACAAAACCAGCUUUUUAAAAUUAAUUGCUUCUUUAUCACUGUUACAUCUCCUAUUGGUUUCACAGUGCAAAUAUUAUGCACUGAGCAAAUUAAGCAUUGAUUUAUAUAUCUUUUUUCCUCAUAAUGUAGAUUUAUUGUGGGGCUUACAGGUGUUUAGAAACUUUAAUGGUUAACAUUCAGAGUAAGAAUACUAGAUAGUAUAUAACAGCAGAGUUGAAAUGUAAGAGAUCCUUUAAUCCAUAUACUAGCUUUUUACCUACAGUAAAUAAGCUAGUAUCUUGAGAGUGCCUGAAACAGAGCAAACAUUUUUUGUUGUUUUUGUUGUUAAUUAAAAAGGAUUUAUUGCUUAACCAAAAUCUUUAGUUAAUAUCCUUAUCAGAAAGGGUUUAUAUUACAUAGACCAAACUUGGGUGUCACUCAGAGCUGCAGGGUUCAUGACAAAGUUAGCCUGUGAGUGUGUAGCUAUGCCCACUGUGAGUAGACUCUAUCUUGAACACGACUCUACAUACUCAUUUGUGACUGGACUUCCAAUUUUGUACUUACUUUAAAUCACUUAGAUGCUUAAGUAGUUGACUUCAAAAUACAAAUUUAUCAUACCUUUAAAAAAGUUAAUAACAAAAGUUGUUAAAAAAUGGAUCUUAAUAUUUAAUGCCACACUGUACUUUCAGUUCUUAAAUGCUGUUUCUUCAGAAAAAUAAAAGUAUAUAGUAUUUCAAAAUAUAGCUUACAAAUAAAAGGACUUUUUUCAGUUGUAAGAUGCUGUGUUUAAAACUUUGAGGAGCUUGGGCAUGAACUUACAGCAUGGAAAUUUAUUUUCAACUUUUUCAAACCAUGAUUGCUUUUAGUGGAGGAAAAAAAAAAAGGAAAC